AUUUGACUAGUAGAUUAUCGUGUGUCUGUUGAAAAAAAUUAAUUUUUUUGCAUAGAAACCGAGUUUGGUUUGUUGAUUUUAACAAGUGACCGUGAUGGUUAAGCUUCGUUUGAGUGUUGAAAAAAUGGAGUCUGUUAACAAGUGAUGAUGAUGAUGAUGAGUUUGGUUUGUGUGAUUUUAACAAGUGUGAUUUGUGUGAUUUUAAUAGAGUGACGGAUUUUGAUGAUGAGUUUGGUCUCGUUUGAUGAGGAUGUGCGUGGAAGAAAGGCAACAGAUUCAACUUCAUCAAAGCUUUUGUCUUUCCAUUACACAUUUGAGACGAGGGAUAUUCUCAACCUCCCUGCUCUUUCAGCCAUCGUUCCACACGCGCCUCCUUAGAUAUCUCACGCGCCGCGGUGCCAUUCGAAUCAUAUCUUUGGAGAAAGGUGAAAAAGUUAUAUGGGAGGGGUAACGUCAUCAAUCGCUGCUAAAUUCGCCUUCUUCCCACCAACACCACCGUCCUACGAGGUGGUAGCCGACGAAAGCUGCGGCGGACGUCUGUACAUACCGGAAAUCCCACGGCGCGACGACGUCGACAUCCUCAAGCUCCGCACACGCUGCGGAAACGAGAUCGUGGCUGUUUAUGUAAAACACUCCAAAGCUAAUGGCACGAUUCUGUAUUCUCAUGGUAACGCCGCCGAUGUGGGACAAAUGUUUGAGCUUUUCGUCGAGCUUAGCAAUCGCCUUCGCGUCAACCUAAUGGGGUAUGAUUACUCUGGUUAUGGUCAGUCUACAGGACAGGCAAGCGAGUCUAACACGUAUGCUGAUAUAGAAGCAUCGUAUAAAUGCCUCAAGGAAAAGUACGGCGUGAAAGACGAUCAACUUAUAUUAUAUGGUCAAUCUGUUGGUAGCGGACCUACGGUUGAUCUAGCCUCGCGCACACCUAACUUGAGAGGGGUGGUUUUACAGUGUCCUAUUCUGUCUGGGAUGAGGGUUUUGUAUCCGGUGAAAUGUACAUAUUGGUUUGACAUUUACAAGAAUAUUGACAAGAUCGGCUCAGUAGCAUGUCCUGUAUUAGUCAUCCAUGGAACUGCGGAUGAAGUAGUUGAUUAUUCUCAUGGUAGGCGGCUCUGGGAACUCAGCAAAGAGAAAUAUGAACCUUUGUGGAUUAGUGGAGGUGGACACUGCGACCUCGAACUAUAUCCAGAUUUCAUUAAACAUUUGAAGAAAUUUGUUGCAUCACUUGCCAACAAACAAGCGGCGAAGGCUGCCAUAUAACGAUAUAUUACCGUUAUGUUUGAAAUGGGUUGCUUUCGAGGAAUUUCUAGACAAGUUGGCUGGCGAAGUCAGUAGAAAAGUGAUAAGCAUGAAAAAUCCCAGAGGAGCGUCGAUAGAUCAUGUAGUAUUAUAAUGUGUUGAUGUGGAAUUUAGACUGGCAUACUGCAUUUCAUGAAUAAAUGUAUUUACUGCUCAUGUGAUUUAAUAGGUUCUAGGGAUAUUUCUUUCUUUAUUCAAUUUUUUUUUUUUU